UCAGUAUUUAAUUCACAUCGAAAAGAGCUCGUAGUGCUUAACGGCAAACUUUAUUUAAACCCCAAACAAAGAAUCUAAAGAAGACAAGAGGCAAUCAUGAGCUCCGCUGAGUACUAUCCAUUCAAGUGCACACCCACCGUUUACCCCGCGGAUCCCUUUGAUCCCGUUGAGGAUGCGGCCAUUCUGCGCAAGGCGAUGAAGGGCUUUGGCACCGAUGAGAAGGCGAUCAUUGAGAUUCUCGCUCGUCGCGGCAUCGUCCAGCGUCUGGAGAUUGCCGAGGCGUUCAAGACUUCCUACGGCAAGGAUCUGAUUUCGGACUUGAAGUCCGAGCUGGGCGGCAAGUUCGAGGAUGUGAUUGUGGCGUUGAUGACACCGCUGCCCCAGUUCUAUGCACAGGAGCUGCACGACGCCAUUUCCGGCUUGGGCACCGAUGAGGAGGCCAUCAUUGAGAUUCUCUGCACAUUGUCCAACUAUGGCAUCAAGACCAUUGCCCAGUUCUACGAGCAGGGCUUUGGUAAGUCCCUCGAGUCCGAUCUGAAGGGCGACACCAGCGGCCAUUUCAAGCGCCUGUGCGUCUCCCUGGUGCAGGGCAAUCGGGAUGAGAACCAGGGCGUCGAUGAGGGUGCCGCCAUUGCCGAUGCAGAGCUGUUGCAUGCUGCCGGCGAGGGAAUGUGGGGCACCGAUGAGUCCACCUUCAAUUCAAUUCUGAUCACACGCUCAUAUCAGCAGCUGCGUCAGAUUUUCCUCGAAUACGAGAAUCUCUCCGGCAACGACAUCGAGAAGGCCAUCAAGCGUGAGUUCAGCGGCUCCGUGGAGAAGGGUUUCCUUGCCAUUGUCAAGUGCUGCAAGUCCAAGAUCGACUACUUCUCCGAGCGUCUGCACGACUCGAUGGCCGGCAUGGGCACCAAGGACAAGACGCUGAUCCGCAUCGUUGUCAGCCGCUCAGAGAUCGAUUUGGGCGAUAUCAAGGAAGCAUUCCAGAACAAGUACGGCAAGAGCCUGGAAUCGUGGAUCAAGGGCGAUACAUCUGGCGAUUAUAAGCGUGCCCUAUUGGCUAUUGUUGGAUUGUAAAAAAGAACUCACCCUCACAAAAAGAAAAGAAAAGAAAAACCAACAAAAAACUUGUCACUGUCGUGUCUGUUCCAUGCCCUAAGCCUUAUCUUAUACACAAAUUGUACAAAAAUUCGACUAUCGAAUCGAAUAGUUAAUGCGCAGAUAUACAUAUAUAUAUAUAUAUAUACUUAAUAUAUACAAACUUUUAUACACACUAUAAGGAUGUACGAAUGCAAAAAUGUGGAACCUUUUUGAUAAGAAAACGCAGUGCAUUUAAUUAGGCCGUCAGAACUACAGUCGCAUCACAUGUUAAAUAUUAUACAUAUAAUUAUGCACAUUCAUUGCACCUAAUUUUAUCUAAAUUUUUACAAUGACUAUACACGCAUAUAUGUGUAGCUUAUGGUUUCUGUUAAACUUUUUACACAUUUUUCGAGUCUCAUUUGCAAUGGUUUAAGUUACAUUAUUGUUUAAUAAAAAAAAAGAAACAAAAACAAAACGCAACAAUAAAACAAAAAUUAAAUCAAAUCAGA